UAUUAACCUAGAGAUCUUUUAUUAUUUUUAUUUAUUUGACUAUAGAAGCAUAUCAAAAUGGUUCGCAUCUCCGUCUUGAACGACUGCCUCAACAACAUCAACAACGCUGAGAAGCGUGGCAAGCGCCAGGUCUUGAUCCGUCCUUCCUCCAAGGUCAUUGUCAAGUUCUUGUCCUUGAUGCAGAAGCACGGCUAUAUUGGCGAGUUCGAGGUGAUUGACGACCAUCGCUCUGGUAAGAUCGUUGUUCAGCUCAUUGGACGCAUCAACAAGACUGGUGUCAUCUCUCCCCGUUUCAACAUCAAGUUGAACGAGAUCGAGAAGUGGAUUGCUCGUCUCUUGCCUUCCCGCCAGUUCGGUUACAUUAUCCUCACCACCUCGGCUGGUAUCAUGGACCACGAGGAGGCUCGUCGCCGCCAUACCGGAGGAAAGGUUCUGGGUUACUUCUACUAAGCAAUCACCAAGAUGGAGCGUUUCUUUCCAGUUUCGAAAUAAAAUUUCAAGCAUAGGAAGCGUAGUUUUAAUACAGCAGAGUAUGGUUGUUUAUUUACAAAAAUCUGUGGAUAUAACUGAACUUAUUGUGAUGGGACAUUGAGAUCCCAUUUUUGCUUCGCCCAAUUAUCCAAUUAUCUGAGGGGUCGAAAAUAUAUCAAAGUAUAUACAAAGGG